AGAAAAUAAGAAAGAAAACUCAACUUUUGGUUGUAAUGAAAUACAAAUGUAGUUCUUGCUGUCAAAUCCGUUGAGAUGUAGCUUAAAACACAAUUUUUUUGGUUAAGCAAGAUAUUGAUAAAUGUUAAAAAAGCUUGUGCUCUAGCAGUGUCAAAUAUUCACUUUACGCAAUUGCGUGAAUCAGUUUAUUCGUUUUAAUGAGCAGUAACUAAUCCCGUGUUUUAUUCAGGAGAAUGUAUUAAGGUUAAAUAAGUUCUAUGAAAAAUACUGUUAGCAAAGUGAUCGAAGAAAAUCAUCAUCAGUGAUUUUUGCCACCGGGCAAACAUGAUGGAGAACAAAAGGGUUCCAAUAUUUAUGCUGAGUAUUUUUCUCCUCUUGGUAUGCGUUGUUGCGAAGAAAAUUGACGGUAAGAUACGUUUCCAUAGCGAUGAUGAUAUCAUUAUGUCGGACGACCGGAUUCCAUACGGACCACAGCGUCCGCUAGAUUGCUCCGAUUUGAGACUACGUGCGGCUGAUGUGGGAGCUUGCAUUGAGAUGAACAACCAGUUUUUUGGUAAAAAGAGCAAAAACCCACGUCUCGAUGAUUCAGACAUACUCACUGACAAAAAAGUACACAGAAGGAGGAGAGUGGUAAAACAUUGGCUCGCUUGGCCAAAAAGUUCAGACGGAUAUGUAUAUGUGCCGUAUGAAUUCUAUACAAGCAUCUCAAACAUUACGUCAGGAUUUCUCAAAGCUAUUGCAGACUUUAGAAGAGUCUCCUGUAUCAGACUGGUUCCAAGAACAGCUUUUCAUAAAAAUUACAUCAGAGUCAUCAAUGACGAAGGAUGUUAUUCUUACAUUGGAAUGCAAGGAGGGAUGCAAGAGCUUUCUUUGCAAGCAUACACCUCGUGUACAAGAAAAGGAACAGCUAUUCACGAAAUUCUACAUGCUGUGGGAUUCUAUCAUGAAAUGUCCAGAAGAGACCGUGAUAAAUAUAUUGAUAUUCAUUACGACAACAUAUUUACUUCCCGUUGGAAGCAAUUUGCAAAACAUGAACACACAAAUGGAUCAGUAUAUGGAGCAGAAUAUGAUGUGCAUUCCAUCAUGCAUUAUGGAAACUACGCAUUCGCUAUAAACAGAGAAUCAAGAACGAUAACAUCAUUGCGGAAUCCAAGUGAAGUUUUGGGACAGCGAGACGGGAUGUCACAAAACGAUAUUUUGCAACUCAACAGGUUAUACAAAUGUGACCAAUAUCUGUAAAUACUUGAUUUCCGCGAUAAAUUAACCCUUUUGUAGAAAUACAAUUUUAUAAGAACAAAAUAAGAACACUGGUAAGGCUGAAAUUUUUCUGAUUUUUUCCCCCACAUAUCAAACACGGAAAGCAUCAACAUUUUACUUGCGAUUUCGCGAAACUUGUAUAUACGUGAAAUUAGGUGAUAAAGGUGCAUUUUAACUCCAAUCAUGAUUUCUGAAAUCUGACUGGCUGAUAAAAAGUUCUUGUUGGGAUCCCUUCCAGCUUCAACUUAUUUAAUUUAAUUUUUAUGUAUAUAUAAAAACUGUAUUUUGUUUUUAUUUUUUUGCUUGCUUGUUUUUAAAAGAUUUUGCGAUGUAUAAUACUUUCUUA